CAGUAGAGCAUUUGGGAGGAGAAGCCGGAGACUCACCCGAGAGCCCAGCGGAGCCACAGAAGAGAUGUUCGCUGCCAUCAGGGGAGAUGCCAGGAGACAGGGUCAAAAGGCUUGGAUAGAUAAGACCUUUUUCAAGCGAGAGUGCAUUUACAUCAUUGCCAACAGCAAAGAUGCCACCAGGUGCUGUUGCGGCCAACUUCUUACUCAGCACACCCCGAUCCCUGCGAUCACAACCACAAACAAAAACGGAGAGGAGGCUGCGAAGCAGGUGGACACGCAGCCGGAUAAAUGGUCCGUCAGUAAGCACACCCAUGCGCUCCCUACCGAUGCCUAUGGGAACCUCGAGUUUCAAGGUGGAGGGCACAGCAACAAGUCCAUGUAUAUCCGAGUGUCUUACGACACCAAGCCGGACGCUCUGCUCCACCUUAUGGUCAAGGAGUGGCAGCUGGAGCUCCCCAAACUCUUGAUCUCCGUCCACGGAGGGCUGCAGAACUUUGAGCUCCAACCCAAGCUGAAGCAAGUCUUUGGGAAGGGCCUCAUCAAGGCCGCCAUGACAACGGGUGCCUGGAUCUUCACCGGAGGAGUCAGUACAGGAGUCAUUCGCCACGUCGGAGAUGCCUUGAAAGACCAUUCUUCCAAGUCCAGAGGACGAAUCUGUGCCAUAGGAAUUGCUCCGUGGGGCAUUGUGGAAAACAAGGAAGACCUGAUUGGGAAAGAUGUGACAAGAGUGUAUCAGACCAUGUCAAACCCACUAAGCAAACUCUCUGUGCUCAACAGUUCCCACACGCACUUCAUCCUGGCCGACAACGGCACCCUGGGCAAAUACGGGGCGGAAGUGAAGCUCAGGCGCCAGCUGGAGAAGCACAUCUCCCUCCAGAAAAUCAACACCCGACUCGGGCAGGGGGUCCCCGUGGUGGGUCUGAUCGUGGAAGGAGGCCCCAACGUGAUUUCCAUCGUCUUGGAAUGCCUCCGCGAAGACCCCCCGCUCCCCGUGGUGAUUUGCGACGGCAGCGGGAGGGCGUCCGACAUUUUAUCAUUUGCGCACAAAUACUCCGAAGAAGGAGGCAUCAUCAGCGAGUCGCUCAGGGAUCAGCUGCUUGUCACCAUCCAGAAGACCUUUAACUACAGCCGGAAUCAGGCACACCAGCUGUUUGUCAUUCUCAUGGAAUGCAUGAAGAAGAAAGAACUGAUCACGGUGUUCCGCAUGGGAUCCGAGGGACAGCAGGAUAUUGAGAUGUCUAUCUUGACAGCGUUGCUUAAAGGGACCAAUGCAUCUGCCCCAGAUCAGCUGAGUUUAGCCUUGGCCUGGAAUCGAGUGGACAUCGCACGGAGCCAGAUCUUUGUUUUCGGACACCACUGGCCGCCCUUGGGAAGCCUUGCGGCUGGAGACGGGGUGGCCCCCGAAAAGGAGAAGAAGUCCCCGGCGCCUCAAGCGAAAGGAGGAAGAGGGAAAGGCAAAGGGAAGAAGAAGGGCGGGAAGCAGAAGGAAGAGCCGGAGGAGGAAACGGAUCCAAGGAAACUGGAGCUGCUGAACUGGGUAAACUCCUUGGAGCAGGCAAUGCUCGAUGCUUUGGUCUUGGACCGGGUGGACUUUGUGAAGCUCCUGAUCGAGAACGGAGUCAGUAUGCAGCGCUUCCUCACAAUUCCUCGGCUGGAGGAGCUUUAUAAUACUAGAUUGGGCCCACCAAAUACUUUACAUCUGAUUGUCAGGGAUGUGAAAAAGGGCAACCUGCCUCCAGACUACCACAUUAGCCUCAUUGACAUUGGCCUGGUGCUAGAAUAUCUCAUGGGUGGGGCGUACCGCUGCAACUAUACGCGGAAGAGCUUCCGGACCCUCUACAACAAUUUAUUUGGACCAAAGAGGCCUAAAGCUCUUAAGCUUCUCGGGAUGGAGGACGAUGAGCCUCCAACCAAAGGGAAGAAGAAGAAGAAGAAAAAGGAGGAGGAGAUUGACAUCGACGUGGACGACCCGGAGGUCAGCCGCUUCAAGUACCCCUUCCAUGAGCUGAUGGUGUGGGCUGUGCUGAUGAAGCGGCAGAAGAUGGCCCUCUUCCUCUGGCAGCGGGGAGAGGAGUCCAUGGCCAAGGCGCUGGUGGCCUGCAAACUCUACAAAGCCAUGGCCCACGAGUCUUCCGAGAGCGAGCUGGUGGACGACAUCUCCCAAGACUUGGACAACAACUCCAAGGACUUUGGCCAGUUGGCCGUGGAGCUGCUGGACCAGUCCUAUAAGCAUGAUGAGCAGGUGGCCAUGAAGCUCCUGACGUACGAGCUGAAAAACUGGAGCAACUCCACUUGUUUGAAGCUGGCCGUGGCCGCCAAGCACCGGGACUUCAUUGCCCACACUUGCAGCCAGAUGUUGCUGACAGACAUGUGGAUGGGGAGGCUGCGCAUGCGGAAGAACCCAGGUCUUAAGGUCAUAAUGGGGAUCCUGUUCCCUCCCACCAUCUUGUUCCUGGAGUUCCGCACCUGCGACGACUACUCCUAUCAAACAUCGAAGGAGAACGAAGUUGGGAAAGAAAAGGAGGAGGAGAACGCGGACGCCAAUGCUGACACGGGUUCCCGGAAGGGAGACGAGGAGGACGGGAACAAAAAGCAAAAGGGCCUUCCCAUUGGGACGAAGAUCUAUGAGUUCUACAAUGCCCCCAUUGUGAAGUUUUGGUUUUACACAAUCGCAUACCUGGGCUAUUUAAUGAUGUUCAACUAUAUCAUCCUGGUGCGGAUGGACCGGUGGCCGUCGCUCCAAGAAUGGAUUGUCAUCUCCUACAUUGUGACCUUGGCUUUAGAGAAAGUGAGAGAGAUCCUGAUGUCCGAACCCGGUAAACUCAGCCAGAAAAUCAAAGUGUGGCUGCAGGAGUAUUGGAACAUCACCGACCUGGUGGCCAUUUCCGUGUUCAUCUUCGGGGCCAUCCUUCGCUUGCAGAACCAGCCUUACAUGGGAUACGGGAGGGUCAUCUACUGCGUGGACAUCAUUUUCUGGUACAUCCGAGUCCUGGACAUCUUUGGCGUGAAUAAGUACCUGGGACCUUACGUCAUGAUGAUUGGAAAGAUGAUGAUCGACAUGCUGUACUUCGUGGUGAUUAUGCUGGUGGUCCUGAUGAGCUUUGGCGUCGCCCGGCAGGCCAUCCUUCACCCCGAUGAGGAGCCCUCCUGGCGCCUGGCCCGCAACAUCUUCUACAUGCCUUACUGGAUGAUCUACGGAGAGGUGUUUGCUGACCAGAUAGACCGUAAGAGCAGAGUUCAUAUCUAUGCCAUGGAAAUUAACCCUCCGUGCGGGGACAACCUUUACGACGAAGAUGGCAAACGGCUUCCUCCUUGCAUCCCUGGCGCCUGGCUGACUCCGGCCAUCAUGGCUUGUUACCUCUUGGUCGCCAACAUCUUGCUGGUCAACCUGCUGAUCGCUGUCUUCAACAACACCUUCUUCGAGGUGAAGUCCAUCUCCAACCAGGUCUGGAAAUUCCAGCGGUACCAGCUGAUCAUGACCUUCCACGACCGGCCGGUGCUUCCUCCGCCCAUGAUCAUCUUCAGCCACAUUUACAUCAUCAUGGUCCGCCUCUGCUGCCGCUGCAAGAAGCAUCGGGAAGGGGAGCAGGACGAACGCGACCGAGGGCUGAAGCUGUUUCUAAACGACGAAGAGCUGAAAAAGCUGUAUGAGUUUGAGGAGCAAUGCGUGGAAGAAUAUUUCCGUGAAAAAGAGGAUGAAGAACAGUCUUCCAAUGAUGAACGGAUCAGAGUGACUUCUGAAAGAGUUGAGAACAUGUCUAUGAGGUUAGAAGAAGUGAACGAACGGGAGCACUUCAUGAAAGCCUCCCUGCAGACGGUCGACCUCCGGCUAUCUCAGCUGGAAGAGCUUUCCAGCCGCAUGGCCAACGCUCUGGAGAAACUGGCCGGGAUCGACAAGGCCGAGCUGACCCACACUCGCUCCAGGGCCUCCUCCGAGUGCGACGUGGCUUACCUCCUCCGGCAGAGCAGCGUGAACAGUUCGGACGGCUACGGCAUGUUCCGGUCCCAUGGCGAUGAGCUUGCCUACGACGAACUGCCCCCGGCCCCGAUGUCCCCGGCCCUGGCGCUGCGUAAAGCCGACUCCAAGCUGCACCUGUCUCCGGAACGUCAGGCGAGCCUCCGCUCCACCUCCAGCCUGAGCGCAGUGGCCGCUUUGGACCACGGCAGGAAAAUCUUAGACGUUGCGCAGACCGCUGGCGGACCCCAUGUGGGGGACAGGCCGGACCACAGCAAGAGCGAAGGGACCCUAUCCCAAACCCUCAGCCAAACAGAUAGUGCUUUAAGCGGGCAGUCCGGAAGGAGGGCGGACCUCCCAAACGCUUGCGUGGCCCUUGAGAGGACCAAGUUAGAAGCCACGAUCUCCUACCCCUUGGACAAGCCUCGGGCCAUGAAGUACUGCCCUUCGGAAACGUUUGACGGUUGUCAGGCGACCAUGAUGAAAUCCAGGAGCUACAUAUUUGCACAAGGCGGGAAGAUGGUGGGAGGCGUGAACAACUGGGCCAUCGUGGACCACGAGUACCAGACCAUCAUGGACCAGGUCUGCCCCUCCACGGUUGAGCAGUGGACGGCCGAAUGGAAGUACGAGCUGCAGCAGAAGCUGGAGGACGAGCCGCCUCCCGAAUACCCCGGCAUCGUGUCCGAGGCGGAGAUGCAGGCCGAGCGGAAGCCGAUGCUGACCGACACCGAGGACGACAGCGACGCCGGCGGCGAAGUCGUGGGCCUCAGUGCCUCCCACCCAUCUUCACCGGUCAGCAGGAGGACGGACAAAGAGAACCAGCUUCUGGUGAACUCUGACCGGACUUACGAGUUCCCCUCCAUCCGCUCAAAGAGUUUGCACAGCCAUUCACGGAAAGCCAAGUCCAUUAAAGACAAGCUCCUCAGGCCGGGCCAUGCCAGCAGUGUCAGCAGUCUCGUGGUCACCUGCGGAAACACGACAGAAGAGCCCAAAACAAACAAAGAAAAUGCCUCCGGCACAGAAACCGAGUGCUAAAAUGGCCUUUCCCCCCUCACCAAGCAUCUGGCUUUCUCGAUUCAGAACAUCGCAGAAGGAACACAUGUUGCUCAAAGAGCUCAUUGGCCUUGGGUUGUUUGCAGUGUUUUCUUUUGCAGGUGCAUUGGCAUCCUCUUCUUCUUCAUUCAAUUAGGCACCAGAUUCAUAUGUUGAUGGGAUGGGGGAGUUUUAAUACUUGUCAUACAGUUUUUUUUUUAAAAAAAAAAACUAAAACAACCACAAAAAUGACCAUUUAUUCUUAGCACUUUGAUAACUAUGAUAUGUCCAUCACUGGGUCUGAAGGAUAGAUUCCCCUGACUUCUUAGUGGUCAGUCCCAAAAGACGGAGGGUCUGGCAUCUGGAUGAAAAGGCAAGGGAACUCUGUGUUGACCGUGGGGAAAAGAUAAAGAUCUUACUAAAAAGCACCUUAAAAAGGCAUCCUAGCCACCUCUUCCUCUUCCACUGCCCAUCGGUGGCAGUUUAGUCCCCAAAUAUUACGACGUCAAUAUGUGCACACUGACCUCAGUUUAAGUUGGGUCUGUUUUGGUGAUGCUGGAGCUAAAGGUGCCCAAACAAUGGGGGUUUGACACUUUACACCUAAAUUUACCAUAUAAAGAGCUGAUGUGAUAUUUAACUUGAGCAGGGCAAUGCAGACCACUGGAAUCAAGAGAGAAAGGAUGUGGAGCUCUUUCAUCAGCUCCCACUUUCAGUGACCACCUCUCCAACAUUUUCAAAUACAUGCAAAUGUGCAUUGAGACGGAGAGGUUGGAUUGAAGAAAGGAAAAGGACAGAAUUAAAUGCCCCGUUUUAAUGCCAUUCGUUCCUUCCAGAAGCUGCCUUUCCUGCUCCAAGAAGGCCAUCCGGAUGAGGCACCUUGACCUCAGUCCACUUUGGCCUUUGCCAUCUUGCUUUGUCCAGGAUAUGUUUGUUUUUGUUAGUAAUUUUUAUACAGUAAUUUUUUGUGUAUUGCUGGGCUUGAUCCCCGUGUGAGCCGCCUCGAGUCCCUUCGGGGAGAUGGGGCAGGAUAUAAGAAUAAAUUUAUAUUAUUAUUAUUAUUUUAUUAUGACACAGCAAACAAGAUAGAUAUGCUGGAUUUCGUAUCACAAAAUCACCAGUCGAACACUUCCCAAGUGUCUAGGACUGUGUGAUGUAUUUUCGGAUGAUGCGCGCAGAUCCCAGUAGGGUGGCCUUUUGCAGUUGGCAGAUCGUGAUUUUGUCAAUGUCUAUUGUUUCCAAAUGCUGGCUGAGAUCUUAUGGCACAGCACCCAAUGUGCCAAUCACCACCGGGACCACUUAUUAUUAUUAUUAUUAUUAUGAAAGUUUAAAAGAAACAUAAACAAGACCAGAAAUGCAGUUUUCCAUUUUACAUACACUACAUGUAAACAACGAAGACAACUCAACCUAACAUAAACAAAACCACACAAAUAAAUGCAUUUGAAACAUAUAAUUACUAAAACACAUUGCCUGCUGAUCCAAAAUAAUUAUUUUUGAGCACAUCCCAGUAGGGCUCCAUGUUCCAUGUUCAAAUCACAACAAACAACCGAUUGCCUUACGAAUGUUUUAUCCGUGUUUGCUGCUGCUGCCUUUUGCCUUUUGUUCAUACAAGAAGGGUUUCCCCCCACUUAAAAAUAAAGCCAUCUUUGACUUAUUGCAUGUGCCGAAAGGGGAAAAUGCUUCCUCCAAAAAAGCCACUUUGGGGACUUUUUUGCCCUCGGUGAUUAAAGAAACAGCAGAAGAGGAAGCCAGAUGUAAUUUUUAGGAAGAGAAGCAGAAGAGAAGCAGAAGUAUCAAAGAGGAAGAGACUGAAAAAGGCUGCUGUCAUAUCCAGAAUCUCCCACUGAAACACUGUCCCAGGAUUUGAUGAAAAACAACUGCGUAUUUGGGAUGGAAUGGAGCCUCCCAGUCUUACCAGGUUGACAGUUUCAACAGGCGAUUAUGUUGUCAUUCAUUUUUGUAUAUCUAGAGAUACUGUAUUUGUUUGAACAGGCCUCACAUUAAUAUUUACCUACACCUUCA